AUGUUAGGUUUAGGCUAUUUUAAUAAAUAAAUAAUAAGAUAUUAAUUGUAUAAUUAUGGAAAAAAUUUAUUUAUAUUUUCAACUGCAGGUUAAAUGAUAAAUUAUCCUUCUGGAGAUGUAAUAAUGGAUUAAAAUUUAUUCAAAUUUAACUAUGCAACAAAUUCAAUAGAUACAAUAAUAAAUGUUUUCGCAAAAGCUAUUCUUAUGAAUUCUAUUAAAUUUAUUAAUAAUUCAGUUUAUGCUAUAGAUUAACUUUUGAAUAAUAAUGUUCAUAGUUUUAAUAUAGAUGAAAUAGUGAGGGUUAAUAAAGUACAUCUUUCCAUUAAUUAAUCAAAUGGAAAAUUCAUAUCUUUAGGAGGAAGCUACAUAAUUAAAAAUUGUUAAGUAGAAAAUUUAGUUUGA